CAGUCGGCGCUCCCCGGCUCUGGCGGCGGAAGAGAUGGAACCGCGUCACGAGCGCCCGGCCCCUUAAAACGCUGCUGGCUGGAGCCGCCUCCCUCCCUGCAGCCCGCGGCAGGGAUGGAGUAGAGGGAAGCCGGUCGACCUGCCCGCGGGGAUCAGCGAUGGAGUUGAAGCAAUCUUUGUCCAUCCAUCUGGAAGCGGAGAAGCCGCUGAGGCGCUAUGGGGCGGUGGAGGAGACGGCGUGGAAAGCGGAGGGACUGGGGAGAAAUCAGCUGGACAUCAUCUCCAUGGCAGAGACAACCAUGAGACCAGAGGAGAUCGAGCUGGAGAUGGCGAAAAUCCAGCGUCUCCGGGAAGUCUUGGUCCGACGGGAAUCUGAGCUCAGGUUUAUGAUGGAUGACAUCCAACUCUGCAAUGACAUCAUGGACUUGAAGCAGGAGCUGCAGAACUUGGUCGCCAUCCCAGAAAAAGAAAAAACCAAGUUGCAGAAGCAGAGGGAAGAUGAGCUCAUCCAGAAGAUCCACAAACUGGUGCAGAAGAGAGACUUCCUGGUGGACGACGCAGAGGUCGAGCGGUUAAGGGAGCAAGAAGAAGAUAAGGAAAUGGCCGAUUUUCUGAGAAUCAAGUUAAAACCUCUAGACAAAGUAACCAAAUCUUCAGCCAGCUCCCGAGCAGAGAAGAAAGCAGAGCCCCCGCCUAGCAAGCCCACGGUGGCCAAGACGGGGCUGGCGCUCAUCAAGGAUUGCUGCGGGGCCGCGCAGUGCAGCAUCAUGUAGCCCUCACGCGGGGUGCCCCCGGGGCCACGGGGACCCCCUCCCACCCUCUUGUCUUCAGAGCCCCCAUUUCACCGGGGCCCAAGAGCUCUCCAAGGCAGAAGGGGUUGAAGGCAAGCCCGUGACCGCCGCCAAGAGCCCAGCCACCCUGUACAGAGUGUAGCGAUAGGGAGUCCCUCACCGUCGCAUGGCCCUCCCCAGAGCAUGCCGAACCCAGGAGUCUGUCUCCCUGUUUAUCCAACCACCAGGAAAGGUCCUCCCUUGAAAAAAGUAUUAUCUCCACUUCUAGCUAGCUGUAUCUCACCCACCAUGCGAAUGAACUGGGAGAGGGGGCAUGAUCCCCAGGUGUGUACAGUUGUGACUUUACAGCAGUCCAGCGCCACGCUGGACGCUUCCCCUAGCUGCUCUCCUAGCUCUGCUGUCGGGCUGCCCCAGACGGCCCUGUCUCCCCCGUUCUCUUUCCUCUCCCAGGGGUUUGGGCCCUGGAGGGCUCCACGCAGCCCACGUGUCUGUGGAGACGCAGAGGGCCCAUCUGGAAAGACUGAGCUUGUGUGUGGUCGUCGUCACGUCUCCCGCUCCCUCCCCUCCCGGUGUCUGGGCGCGGCUCGCAUCAGGACUGUGUCUGUCCGCUCUUGGUUCUUCCUUGGCCACGUCUGUUCCGGGUGUGUGGGGAUGGGGCCCCCGGCCGGAGGGCACCCAGUGCUUGGAAGAAGAGGUAGCAGAGAGCUGGGAGCUCCAGCCCGAGGCCAGGGAAGAUGAGAACAGACCCAGAGCAGACGUACUUACUCUCCACCCUCCGGGGCCCGCCGGCUGGAUGGUGUGCCGGCAGGACGCCACUCACCGGCCUAACACACAGACCUCUGCAAACAUCAGUGGCAGGCGGGAGAGGCGGCCUGACCCAACCGUGUCCAAUCAUUCGGUGGUGUAUUUUAACCAGCCUGAAAAAUUCCACCUGUGUAACUUGAUGUACAUUUGCUACAGCCAGCCCGGCACAGCCCAUGUGACCUCUGUACGUGUGUGUGUCGUGACCGGCCUAAGUAGUUAGCGUAACUCCAGAUUCGCUGAUGUGCAGUCAUCCAUUGGAGACAAUAAAACUGGAAACCACGUACACAGUAUUUUUAAAGUUUUUACUUUAUUCUUGACUACAGAAGUAACUUACCCAUGUACAUAGUUAAUCAUUUACAAAGUACCAAACGUAUAAAAAAGUGUUUUUUUUUUUGUUUUUUUAAACUCCCAAUAUUUC